AGAUGAGGGCGCCAAGAGCGCCCAGAAAGAAACCCGACACGACAACGGACAAAAUGGCCACUUCCGGUAUCGACUGAACUCUACACAGUCUACACAAGCAGCACCGAAGAAGAGUACGAGAAGGAUGAGAAUCGAGAAAUAGUGUUGCUUGGGGUGUGUGUGUGUAUGUUUGUUGUGCUACUUUUUCUUGUGAGUUAAAAAAUCCGGUUGUAGAUUUGUGAAAAUGUCGUCGUACAUACAAGUAGCCGAGGACGAGGGUGAGGAGCCGAUAGAAUUGCCUACGGAGGACGACAGUACGUUGCUUCUGACUACCUUGUCCGCUCAGUUUCCCGGGACUUGCGGCCUCAAGUAUCGCAACCCCGAAUCUCGGGCUAUGCGAGGCGUCAGGCUUGUCGAAGGUCGCUUACACCCCCCCGAAAAUGGAUGGGGAAAAGCAGUCUAUUUUUGCGUUUUUCCAAAAGAAAACAAACGCAAGUCUGACGACAAUUUAGAGAAUUCAACGGCAAAGACGAAACGAAUGGAAACAAAAUUACGUUGCACCGAUCUAAUUGUUCUUGGUCUUCCAUGGAAAACGACUGAACAAAACUUGCGUGAAUACUUUGAGACGUUUGGCGAGGUCCUGAUGGCUCAAGUGAAGAAGGACGCGAAAUCCGGCCAAAGUAAAGGCUUUGGAUUCAUCAGAUUCGGAAGUUAUGAGUCACAGCUACGGUGUCUCGCUCAGCGGCACAUGAUUGAUGGAAGGUGGUGUGACGUUAAAGUCCCAAACAGCAAGGAGGGAAUGAUCCAACAAGUACCCUGCAAGGUAUUCGUGGGACGGUGUACAGAGGACCUGACUGCCGACGACCUGCGAGAAUAUUUCUCCAAAUUUGGGGAAGUGACCGACGUUUUCAUACCAAAACCUUUCCGCGCCUUUUCUUUUGUCACGUUCCUUGAUCCAGAGGUUGCUCAAUCUCUUUGUGGCGAGGAUCAUAUCAUUAAGGGCGUUUCGGUCCACGUAUCAAACGCUGCACCAAAAUCGGAGAGCAAUAAUAGAAAUUUUAAUAAUCAAAUGAACUCCAACAUGCGUGGCAGAGGAGGAGGCAGUGGUGGUGGCGGUGGCGGCGGCGGCGGAGGAGGAGGGGGGGUAGGAGGAGGUAGUGGUGGUAUGCAGACUGGUCCUAUCGAUGGCAACAUGCAGGGAAACUAUCAGGGCAACAGAUAUAUGGGUCAUUCGGGUAACAACAUGGGGCCGAACGGUUGGAGCAAUCCAGGUAGUCGCGGGAAUCUUGAUAUGCCGAAUCUCCAGGCACUUGGUAUAACUGGUCAGAACAACGGCGGGGGUGGAGGUGGCGGCGGAGGUAUGUCCAAUCCCCUGGCAAUGGGUAGUCUGAACCUCUCCGCCCUUCCAAUGAAUCCAGCCCUCGUUGCUGCUGCCCUGAAUCAGGCAUCGUGGGGAUUGAUUGGAAACCUUCAAAAUCAGGGAAACGAUCAGGGAUAUUCUAACCAACCAGGACCUCCGGGUCAGGCGCCGUCGGGGAAUAAUGCCCUUGGUAAUACCGGUAACUCGGGUUUUCUCAGCUGGAUGAAUCAGGGGGGUGGUGGGGGAGGCGGGGCUGGGGGAGCAGGGGGUGGCGGGGGAGGAGGGGGCGAUGGUAAUGCUGGAAAUCCUGGAGCGGGAGGCGGUGGUCCUGGGCCAAAUAAUCCAAACGCCUCGCAAGGGGCUUGGCAAAACCAUCCGGGGCAACGGGAUCAAAAGUCAAAUACAUUUCUCAAGUAUGAGUAAAAUUAUCUUUGUUUUAUUUUUCUACCUUUUUUUUCAAAUUAGCAACCCGCCUUGCUAUAGAGAGAGGGCAAAGACGGUUUCGAUCGUAGGCUACCUACCUCCCUUGGAUUUCCUAAUGCCACCACUAUCACCACUGUUGUGCAGAUGUAACUUUAUGGUCAACGCUGUCAAUCUAGAUGCGUAAGGGAGCAGCCGAGGGGGGUAUAAUCACUUUUAGUAUAUAUAUAGGGGCGAGGGUAUGUAAUGAGUGUGUCAGGUAGCGUUCUAUAUGCAUCUAUACCUAUUUGAAAAUGAAUUUAUCGAUAGAUCAUGACCAUGGUUAUAGCUUAGAUUAUAGUAUGCUUCUCUGAUAUGCGUACACAUUAUAUACAUACAUACGUGCAUACAAUACAACAUCUAUCAUCUAUAUGUAUAUUAUAUUAUCUGUAAAAUUUUGACUUCGUCGAGAAUCGCUAACAGAGAACUUUAUUAAAUCUUGAUCUCUAGUAUCUGCAGGUGUGUGUAUACAUCGUAAAUAUACUUGUUUGCUUGGUAUUUGCUAAACAUACUAAAGUACCUUCAUAUGUAUAUAGAUUAUAAAUCUGCAGUUCUACUACAGUAUAAUUGAUAAAAAUGUCAAGUUCGAAUUUGCAGUAACUAGACGCAUGGAUAUUAUAUGUCAAGGUAUAAUAUAGUAAUGUAUGUGGUUAAUUUGGGUCUAAAUCAGUCUACUCUGGUAUAUACAUAUGUUUAGAAACAUCAUGCGUAAAAAAUAAAUACAGUUGAGUGUGAUUUUGAGAAAAUGAUAAGCUAUGGAUAAUAUCAAAGAAAAUAUUAUUACAUAACACUUAGCAUAUGGUACAAAAUUCUAAUAUAUGACAAACACGGUUGCUCUGAUUCAUACAUAUAUUGGAUGUGUGUACACAUAUUUAUAUACUAAGGUGUUUUAAGCAAACACAAAAAAUUGAGGAUCCACCUUCUACCUGUCAACUAUGCUGUUUACAGUGUACAAUUAAACUUUUCAUACUGUAAGGUGCAGUCGAAAUUUCAA